CCGCAUUGGCUGUGCAGCCAGCUCCAAAGGCGCUUUGCGGGACUCCACAGCCAAACAUGGGGUUCAGCUUUGUCACCGUGUGCGUAACUUUGGAGAAGGAGAGUAUGGACGCGCGUCUGUGAAGGAGGACAAUGCGCCCCUGAAGAAUCCAGAGAUCUCCAUCCGAGCGCGUUUACUUAGAAGGAAAAGAAGAAGGCGACUCACAGAGAGAGACGGGAGGCUUUACUGGAAACUUUCAGUCCUUGGACUCUGUGUGAGCUUUUCCAAGGACUCCAGCAGUUUCAUGCUGAAUAUUCCUUCACCAACUUGAGGUCCAGGCUGUAAGGGGAGCAGUAGGUCUCGGAGCUCCAAUGCCAGUGGACAUGCAGCCACACCAAGGGCUGUAUUACUAUGAGACGUCACCCAACCAACCCUCCAGAGGCCUCCCAUCAGACCAGUCUCCCUACAGUGAUGUGUCUUCAGUGCGAGCGCCCCUCCUUGAAGCUCCUCCCCCAGAUUGCCACAGCAUGUAUAACUCCAUGACUCCCAACAUCUCUCAUGGUUCAGGCCAGGGGAAUGGCCACUGCAUGGAUCAAUACAUGAGACCCCCCCAAGCCCCUCCACCGCACAGUAUGAUGGGCCACAGGGGAAUGCCGCUCACAGAUGGUGGCAAUGGCGCCCCCUACUGCAACCAAAACAACAUUGUUUCAUCGCAUCACAACUUCUGCCAGAUUCAGCCGGGCUCUGAUCAGAUUGGGUCAGCUGAUGGGUCAAGGUUCUCCACACCUCGCUCAAUGCUGAAACUGAGCAAGAAGAGAGCGCUGUCUAUUUCACCUCUGUCUGAUGCCAGUGUGGACCUGCAGACAGUCAUCAGAACCUCCCCCAACUCUUUGGUGGCCUUUGUCAACUCUCGCUGUAACCCCAACGGUGCCAGUUCCUACGGCCAUCUCUCUGUCAGUGCCAUGAGUCCUUCUCUGAAUUACGGCAGCAACAUAAACUGCCAGUCCAGACAACAAGGCUCCUUAUACGGAGGAAAUGGGGGGAUGCCGCUGAGUGGUCAUACGCCGGGUCCGUGCCAAGCCUCACGUUUGCCUCCCCACAACCCCCGACUCCUCGCUCCACCCAAGCAUGGACACCUGAAGACAGAGCCUGGACUAGGAGGUGUGAUAGAAGGCAUGAAUGUGAAGACGAUGGAGGAGAGGUCAGAGGGUGAUGUGGCCAGCCCUUCUUCUACUGGCACUCAGGACCCUCUUCUGGGGUUAUUGGAUGGCAGAGAUGACUUGGACAAGGAGGAUGGGAAGCCGGAGCCAGAGGCCGUCUAUGAGACAAACUGUCGCUGGGAGAGCUGCAACAAGGAAUUUGACACACAAGAUCAGCUAGUUCAUCAUAUCAAUAAUGAGCACAUCCAUGGAGAGAAGAAGGAGUUUGUGUGUCACUGGCAGGAGUGCUCUCGGGAGCAGCGACCGUUCAAAGCCCAGUACAUGCUGGUGGUUCACAUGCGCAGGCACACGGGAGAGAAGCCACACAAGUGCACAUUUGAAGGCUGCAACAAGGCAUACUCUCGCCUGGAGAAUUUGAAGACCCACUUGCGGUCUCACACCGGAGAGAAGCCAUAUGUGUGUGAACAUGAGGGCUGCAACAAAGCUUUCUCUAACGCUUCAGACCGGGCUAAGCAUCAGAACCGAACUCAUUCUAAUGAGAAACCAUACGUCUGUAAGAUCCCUGGUUGCACCAAGCGAUACACAGACCCGAGCUCUCUCCGGAAACAUGUGAAGACCGUACAUGGUCCAGAGGCCCACAUCACCAAGAAGCAUCGUGGAGAUACCGGCCCCCGUCCCCAUGGAGCAGCCAUGACAGCUGGAGUCCCAAAUUCUGAGCUGCUGCUGGAGAAAGAGGAGACACGCAGAGAAGAUUGCAAACUCUUGGCCCCAGAAACGACUCUUAAAUCCCAGCCAAGUCCUGGUGGUCAGUCAUCCUGCAGUAGUGAACGUUCUCCACUGGGAAGCACCAACAACAAUGACAGCGGUGUUGAGAUGAACAUAAACGCAGCUGGAAGCUUGGAGGAUCUCACAGUAUUAGAGGACGGAGUUACAGGAGGAGGUGGAGAGCCCGGGACAAUGGGAAUGUCAGCACAGGCAUUAAAGAGGCUGGAGAACCUGAAGAUUGACAAGCUGAAGCAGAUUCGGCGACCUACGCCUCCUGGUCGGUGUGCAAGCAACAAACUGCCAGCAAUUUCUGGCUCAGCAGAAAACAUGGGGAUGUGUGCACCUUCUCUGUUGCUGUCAAAUCGACGUGUUAUGGAGCUCUCCAACCAUGAACUUGGAGGGGGAAUGACUGCUUGCUCCACUAAUGACAGGAGGGGAAGUGGCACCAGCAGCCUGAGCUCUGCCUACACCGUGAGCCGUCGUUCAUCGAUGGUGUCUCCUUACCUGUCCAGCCGCCGCUCCAGUGACGUGUCACAAAUUGGUGGAACAGCGGGAGGAGGAUGUCACCUCCUAAGCCCAGAAGAAGCUGGAUCUGAUCCUCUUUCUCCUGAAACCAGUCGCAGAGGAGCUCCAUGUUCUGUUGGAGCAGGGUUACCAAGUCUACCAAAUUUAACACCUGCUCAGCAGUACAACCUAAAGGCCAAAUAUGCUGCAGCCACAGGAGGGCCACCACCCACUCCUUUGCCUAAUAUGGAGCAACCUGCUACUCCAGGCAGAAGAGGGGGUGUUUUGAGUGAAUACCAUGGGCAACCCCUGCCUCCUUUUUUGCAGCAAGUUGGUCCCCGUAGGCAUAGCGCCAAUACAGAAUACGGUACUGGUAUUAUCUACCCUCAUCAAGCUCCAGGUAACAACACUAGACGAGCCAGUGACCCAGUUCGAUCAGCAGCAGAUCCACAAGCUCUUCCCAAACGCUUCAAUAGCCUCAGUAACGUGGCCAUGAUGGGACGCAGAAAUGCAAUGCAACACCGUGGGUCUGACACCAGUCUUGCUCGCCAUUUGUACUCCCCUCGGCCACCAAGCAUUACAGAAAAUGUCAUGAUGGAAGCAAUGGGUAUUGACCCCCACCUUACCCCUCUUGAUUCAAGGGAGCGCUCCAUGAUGAUUAGUCCUGGGGAGAGAAACUUCAUGGGUUACCAGCAACAGAAUCAAACCAUUGGAAGUGGAGGUCCUAUUUCAAAUCAGCUAUCCCCAAGCCGCGAUUCUCUGAGCUGCCCGGUUGCUGGUAACAUGCAGCGACACUUCCAGGGUCAGGGAGGUGACGUUUCUUCCAGGGCUGGUGUAAAUCCAACGGGACAGGGAAGGCCUUCUCAACCAGAGGGCAUGUCAAAUGCUCUUCUUCAGCAAGCUGAGUAUGGAAUGAGCACCUGCCAGCUAAGUCCAUCAGGCCCACCUUACCCCAACAUAGGCCAUGUAGGUGACACUGGAGGCCACUGGAAUGACGCACCAAAUCAAGUUCAAACUUCCAACUAUGCCUUUCAGAACCAGCAGACAAUGUCGUAUUCAGACCCCAGUGUGCAUCCUCAACAGGCACAGGUUCACUUCAAUAACCAGCCAGCCAUAUACAACAGCUCUCAUGGAGCACAGAAACUCAACAUAAAGCCCGAGCAGCAGUUCCAUCCUGGGAUGGGUGUCGGAGAUGCCUGUCAAAAUGCUAAGCUCCAUCAGCAACGAAUGCUCCUGCAGCAGACACAAGGGUACCCACAACAGACAGGUCCAGCAAUGGCGAGAGGCUCCAGCAAUCCCACCUGUGACUUUCAAGGGCCAAACCAAAACUCCUUUCCCGGUGGAGGAGGCCUGAACUUACGCUGCGCUGGUUCUGCGCUGGCUGAUGGCCAGAGGUCAGAAACCCCAAUGAUGCAGGUAAAAGAGAUGAUGGUGAGGAAUUAUGUGCAGUCCCAGCAAGCUCUCAUGUGGGAGCAACAAGCACAGCAGCACAGUGGAAUAAAACCAACUGCUUGUUCUGACAACGUGGGUCUAGAUGUUCAGCCAGCAAUGGUUCAACAGAGUCCACAGCAACAGGACCAGAACUUUUUCCCCAGCCAGACAUAUCACUCGUAUUCCAACCAAAACCUGGUUAUGAGUCCUGCUUCACACAGAGGACCCAGUUCAGCUACACCUAAAGAUCAACAGCUAACAGGUCUACAAGGUUCAUGCUACAAUCAAGAGAUGGUAGUUCCCAGACCCCCCCAGGGGCGGAAGCCUAUGAGUCGCCAGAACAGCCUGUCACAGGCAGGAGGAGUUUUUCUUGACAGCCCACCCCAUCUCAGCCCAGUCCACUCCACUACCAGCCCAAGACGAGGGGUUCGACUUCCUCCAGUGCAGCACCCCCAACAUCCUCAAAAUGAAAUGUUCUCUCCCUCUAACAACAACAACAACAACAUGUUCUACUCAAAUCAAAUGAACAUGGACUUAGAGAAACACAUGGAUCCUCAGAAUGGGCCUUGCCUUAACCAGCAGCACAAUGUGGGCUCAAAUCUGGAACCAACAGGUGAUGCAAAGUCUCUCUCUAUGACUUCCUAUCCGUUGACUAGCCCCACCUCAAACGCCUUAGAGAACUUGGACUUGGACAAUGCUCGCAUUGACUUUACUUCCAUAAUCGAUGAUGCUGAGUCUUCUUCAUUUAGUCCAAUCAACAAUCACCUUCAGGGUCAGCCAGGAUCAUCUUCCCAAGCUUCUUCCCGACUUACCACCCCACAGACUUCUAGCCUGUCAAACAUGGCUGUUGGUGACAUGACGUCCAUGCUUACCUCACUAGCUGGGGAAAAUAAGUAUCUGAACACUCUUUCUUAAAAGGUUAUUGGGAAGCUAAUCACACAUUAAAUAACAAUCAACCAUAGACCAUCGUCUUUUUUGAGGUAAAAUAUUACUUAGCCAUAUUUCUCCUUGUGCCCUUAAGGAAGACAUGUCUAUUCCUUUGAAUGCAAUAUUUCAUGAAAUGGAUCAAAAGUGUAAUGCUUUCCUCUCAACCCUCAAAUGUUAAACUUGCCCGGAUCAUGCUGUACCAGGAGUUUUGUUGCUCACAUAAAUUAUUGCAUUAUCUACUAUGUUUUGGUUGCCAGUUGAGACCAACCGUCCAAUACAGUUUGCAAAAAAAUUAUAUCAGAAGGCCCUAAAGCCAGAUGGGCCCAUCUCACUGCAUUUUUCCCUGCUGCCUUGUUACUUUUUUUAUUCGGUGCCUUUCUGUAAAAGACUGAAAUAGAAACUUUUCCGGAACAGUUGUUCCAGUUACAAAAGGGCUUUUGGAGCAGAGAAGGAUAUGUGUAAAUAUGCCUAACACAAACAGAAUGUUAUAUGUACGACAAUGAGACAUGGGAUAGUUACAACCUUACUUUAACUAGUUUCCCUAGAAUUCUAGAGCCCUUUUUUCUGUUUAUAGUAUAUUUAGAAAAAAUGGAAAUCUAUUGUUUGUAACUGAGAAAAAUGUCUCUUUCCUCAUUUUCAGGAAACAAAACAUUUUUACACAUGUGGUUUAUCAGUAUUUAUGCAUAAAGUGAUUACACAUAUUAUCACACACAAGGGCCAAUACACACACUCAGGUGGUCUUUUGUAGUCAUGUAUUGUAAAUGCCUUUUCAGACAGAGAGUUUGCACUCUACAUGUUUACUGUAAGUGUUCCUAAAGCAGCUGUUUACUCCUUUUGGUUGUUUUUAUAAUAGAAUGUACCUGCAUUCUCGUAAAAUACCCAAUAUAAGACAGAGUAGAUCAACAAUCACUUCCACACAUAUACACUGAAAGCCUUUGCUCAGCAUUUAAACCAAACGUGAUUAAUACAGGACUCUGCUGGCUUUGAUGGGAUGUUGAUAAAUGAACCCUAACUGGGCUGGUUUGUCUGUUACCAUUUCAAUGUUGAUAUUUCAGAAACCCAGGUACAUUCAUGGUACAGCGCAGCAGCACUUUGGAUUUAAUUCCAAAGAUAACCGAUCUGCAUAAAUAAUUCAGGAAAGGGGAUCAAGAGGUCUUAGGCUGAAUAGUUGCCACCACUAGUAAAAAAAAUAUUGUAUUAGUACAGAGUGGUACUUUGUGCAAAUGUUGAGCUGUAUCCUAGGGAGCAUGCUGCAGCUCUUUGUAGGUGAUCAAAUUUUAUACUGUGGCUUUGCACUGACUACAGCACUGUGUGGAAAGACCUCUGUCUCUUCAGGCUAUUCACAUGAAUCCCAAUUUUUUAUGUCAGAAAAGUACUUAGACAGUAUUUUUAUCUUUUUUUGUGUGUGUGUACAAAAUAACGUAUGAGCAUGCGUAUGCUCCGUGGGGCCACAAGAAAGUAUUUCUAAAGCAUUUUAUGCGACAUUUCAGCAUAAUGUAUAAGUGCCACUUCAGAAUUUGUCAAGCCUUAGCACAACUCAAGACUUCCUCGUAUGAGAACAAGUUUGUAACCUACCAAAGACAUCUAAUGGGGACUGAGGAGAAGAUGCACACUUUUAUAACUCAUUAUUAACACUAUUAAUGACAUAAACAUUGACUUUUAGUGCUGUGUAGAAUGUAAGACACUUUUGUACAAAUUCUUUUGUAUUACUGAACUUUAUGAAUGUUACUCUUUUGUUUCUUUUUUUAACUGUCAUCUUUCAUUCUGACUUUUUUUGCUGGCAAAAGAAUAUCAUCUUUAGCAUCAUAAACUAUAAUUUUAGCAAAAUACUAUAAUAGAUGUAAGUGAAAUGCUAUAUUUUGUGUACAAUUUUCUACAUUUUAUACAUAUGUGCUAUAUUUUACCGUUUUAUGAAUAAAGUUGCAGUUUGAGAUGGA